AUGGCGGCCAUCGCGAGGGCAGCAUUUGUUCAAUUCGGACAAUUUGGUCAUCAUGUUCCUCAAGUGGUUGGCUGUGCCUACAUAAGUAAAAGAGAUGCCAGUACAGGUACACUGACUGGUUUGAAAAGAGGUAGAGGUGGACGGUCAUCUUUCAGUGGCAUUGUAGCCACAGUUUUUGGUGCCACUGGAUUCCUUGGUAAACAUGUUGUUAAUCAACUUGGAAAAAUUGGCUCUCAGGUGAUUAUUCCUUACCGAGGCGAAGCGUCUGAAGUGUUACGGCUGAAACUCUGUGGAGAUCUUGGACAGAUUCUCUUUUUUCCUUACCACUUGAAGGAUGAAGACUCCAUAAGAAAAGUGAUGAAAUAUUCCAAUGUUGUAAUUAAUAUGGUUGGACAAGACUGGGAAACUCGAAAUUUCAAUUUCCAAGAAGUCCAUGUUGAUGGUGCCCGUGCAAUUGCUCGGAUUGCUAAGGAAUCAGGUGUUGAAAAACUUGUUCAUUUGUCUUGCCUAAAUGCCAGCCCUGACCCUCAAAAAAUCUAUAUGAAAACUGGAUCUAAGUUCCUCAAAUCAAAGUAUGAAGGAGAAUUGGCUGUCAGGGAAGAAUUUCCAGAAGCGAUUGUCUUCCGCCCUUCUGAUAUGUAUGGCUCUGAGGACCGUUUCCUCAGAUACUAUUCCAACAUGUGGCGUCGAGGUCGUGGUUAUAUGCCAUUGUGGAAAAAAGGAGAGGCCACUAUCAAAGCUCCAGUUUUUGUUAGUGAUGUCGCUGUUGGUAUUAUGAAUGCAAUCAAAGAUCCGACUGCAGUUGGAAAGACCUUUGAAGCAAUUGGGUAA